ACCUCCUCGUUUGCCCUUUCCUUCCUCACCAGCCAAAGCUCUUCAACAAAAAAGUCCUCCAACAGCAACUACCAACAGCCUUUUUUUUUUCUUUGCUCCAAGCGCGCUCGUUCUUUUUUUGAAACAAAGCUCCCAAAACAACAGCAUUCACCCAACAUGAAUCCUGCGCAAACCUCCUACUUCAACCCCGCCGACGCGACGGCCUUGCUCGAUAUGAAGCCAAGCCGCGUCCCACUCGCAGAGCACCGCAAGCAGAUGGCCGAGCUCGAGCGCCUCAAGAUUGUCAUGGCCAACUCUGCGCACUUGAUGGGCGCCGUGAGCAGCGCUGCGGCUGCUGCUUCUGCUCCCGCCUCGAGCCACCACCAGGGCUUUAUGGAGGUCUUUGCCAACGCCAUCCCGGCCGCUGCCCCGUUGUCAGCGCGCUCGGCUGUGAGCGAGGAGGACGAGUCUCUCGACACGUUCUCGAACGAGGAUGGCACUCCCGCCAACCUGAUGGACGAUCUGCUCAUUGAUUUUGACGUGAACGCCUUCUCGUCCAUGAAUGUCGACCUCGGUGCCACCACAACCCUGCCUGCCGCGGUGCCUGCCGCCGCAUUGCCCUCCGCCGCAUUGCCCUCCGCCGCAUUGCCCUCCGCCAUGCCAUCCUCCCUGCCAGCAGCAGCAACGGUGCAGACUGCCACCGCCAAUGCCAACGCGACCGCUGCUGCCGUUGCCGCCGCUUUUGUGGCCGCCGCCUCGGCCAACGCUGCCGCUCCUGGGCACUCGCUCCCCGGCCCGUUCGGCUUCAACCCGCUUGCCGCGGCUCCCAUGGGCGCCUGGGCUCCCGGCCAGUUCAACCCUUCGGUGGCUGCCGCUGCUGCCGUGCUCGGUCUUGCGCCGAUGAUUGACCAGUCCAACAUGAUGCGCAAGCAGCGUCGCCGCGACAGCCACAACGCUGUCGAGCGUCGCCGCCGCGACAACAUUAACGACCGCAUCAUUGAGCUCUCUGCCCUCGUGCCCGACAAUGGCGGCGAGAAGGCCAACAAGGGCGAGACCCUCCGCAAGGCGGUCGAUUACAUUCGCUACUUGCACCAGUGCCAAGCCCGCUCGUUCGAGCAACUCAAGGAGGCCACCAAGCAGAUGCAAGCCAUGAAUGCCGAAAUCGAGGCACUCCGCAAGAUUACUGGCGCUGCUCCAUCACAGCAAUAACUGCCGGCUUGCUACUCGUGCUUGUUGGUUUGAUUUCUUGAUUUUGAUUAUUUUCUUAUUCGAGGCGCGACGACACGGUCGUCCUCCUUUUCUUAUUCCACACUCCCCCCCCCCGCGACCGUUUGCCCGAUGAAAGUUGUUGCUCUCCCCGCAAUAAUUUUUCUUUGUGGUGAUGGACGUUAAAUCUUGAUUUUUUUUUUCGUUGUGAAUUUAGCCUUCCCCCCCCCCUCGCCGCAGUUGUGCAAAUUGCAUUGCCUUCUCGGUGUGAAUGUUUUCAUUGUUGUCAAUACAUUUUUCAGUUCAA